AUGCUUGCUUUUGGAAUGCUAAUUCAUGCUGAAUUUUUUUCCCUCCUCCUGAGCUCCUCCUCACUGCCUGGUGUAGUCUGUCCUGCCGGACAGAGCCGCACUCAGAAAUGGUGUAGGAUAUCAGGGAAGGAACGAGACACUGAAGCAAGGGAAGAGGACAAGGUCUAUGUGGAAGGUGUUGUACAGAGAAGCAGCAGUCGUGGAUCGAGCCCAGGAGGGCGUAGAGCUGCCAUGGAGAGGGCGCAGGCCUCUGUGAGCUCCGGCUCUAGUGCACCUGCCCCCAGCAACCCCAUCAUCACUUCCAGCUCCAACAGCAACAGCCAGGGAAUGACCAGUGUCAGCUCCAGUGUCAGCUCCAGUGUCAGUGCCAGCAGCAGACAGCAGACUCUGCCACAGAUAUCAGUGUAUGGGGGAAUCCCUGACAGGCAGACAGUACAGGUGAUUCAGCAGGCCCUGCACAGGCAGCCCAGUACUGCAGCUCAGUACUUGCAGCAGAUGUACGCAGCACAGCAGCAGCACCUCAUGCUGCAGACCGCCGCUCUCCAGCAACAGCACCUGAGUUUAGCUGCGGUGCAACAGGCCAGCAUUGUAGCAGGAAGACAGAACUGCAGUCAGAGCGGAGCUGCAUCUCAGCAGGCCUUAUCCUCUCAGACCACUAUCAAACUGGCUAGCUCUCCUGCAGCGGCAGCUCAGUUGAUCAGCAGGGCCCAGGGGGUGAACCCCUCUCCGGUCAGCAUUACCCAGCAGGCUGUGCUCCUUGGGAACUCAUCCACCCCUACUCUCACCGCCAGCCAAGCACAGAUGUACCUGCGUGCACAGAUGGCACAGCAAAAUAGCCUUGUGCAAGUAGCUAGGAGCCUAGGCCGUGCUGUUCCUUUGUCCCCCCAGCUCAUACUCACUCCGACCGCCACAGUCACUGCCGUCCAGCCUGAGGCCUCAUCGCAGUCAGUCAACCUCCAGUCAACCAGCCCACAGAUGCAGAACCUGGUGUUGUGUAGCCAGCAGGGGGCAGUGGCCUCCUCCUCCUCCACCCCUCAGCCCCAACUACACGGGCUCAGUGUAAAGCAAAGUAGUGGAGGAGCAACUCAGAUGGCUCUUCCCAGCUUGCCUGUGCCCCAGCUAAAGAGUCCCAGCUCUCAGGCUCUGGGUCAGCAGGGAGUGAAGACCAGCCUGGCAGAUGCUUCAUCAGAGCCAGUGAAGACGAGUGAUGGUGUCAGUGAGAUGAGUGCACGUGUGAUCAGUGUGAGCCACAACAUGGGCACAGCAACCAACCAUCCCCUCAUCAAUACUGCAUAUGCACAAAUUCAGACCCAUCAACUGCUCCAGCAACACAAGCAGCAGUUUGUGAUCCAGCAACAAUCCCAGGUGUCUCAGCCCAGCGUCCAGCCCCAAGGCCAAGCUGCGCAACCCGUGGCCAUCCAACCUGCUUUAGCAGGCCAACCGUGUGCCAUCCCUGUGCUGCCCAAACCACCCGCUCAGCAAGCCGCCAUCUUCCAUUCGACUGUGAGUCCUAGGAUGCUCAAUGGUCAGUCUCCCUUGUUAAAUCCCAGCAAAGUCAAACAGGUGCAGCUAACAGCCGUCAACCUCCAUUUCCAGGCUCCGCCAACCCAAGUGAGACAGACUGCAGUGACACAGGAUAAUGCUGAUAAGGGCAACGCUGUUCCUCCUGCCAUUAGAGAUGACUGCCUUGGCCAAAGUGGGCAGCAGAUGCUAACCCAACCAACGCAAGAGCCAGCCAGGACUGAACAAUGCUUGUAUGAUCACAACCAGCUGACAGUGAACGCAGAAGGCCCAGACACUGCAGUUCCUGUUCCUGCGGCUGCACUGGUGUGUGUGAAUGGUAACCCAGCCAUGACGUCGGGCAGCGGGAACAACGCGCCCACCGUGACUGGCAGCACCCCGCACAACGGCCACAGCAAAACCCCACAAGCCAUCGUCAAGCCCCAGAUCCUCACUCAUGUGAUCGAGGGAUUUGUUAUCCAGGAGGGAGCAGAGCCAUUCCCCGUGGAGCGGCCAUCGUUACUCCUCGAGAACGUCAAAAAGCACAAACAGCAGCAGUCUCACUCAGACAUGGAGAAGAAGGUUCAAGACUCUCACACAGCAGACUCAGAGAUGGAGGAUCUCUCACAGCAAGAGUUAAAGAACAGGGAGAAGGAACCAACGCUCUCGUGUGAACUGUGUGGGAAAGUCGACUUCGCUUACAACUUCAAGAGAUCAAAGCGGUUCUGUUCUACAGUAUGUGCAAAAAGAUAUAAUGUGGGAUGCACAAAACGAAUGGGUCUUUUUCCAAGACGGCCAACGCCAGAGAACCCCAAGAAGCAGAGAGCCUCCAGUAACCAUCAUCACAACACUAGUUCAGAGGCCAAAAAACAAAAUCCCAGCAGUCAGACGGGCGCAGUGGGCUCAGGACCCUCCCCACGUCUCUCACAGCUGGGUCACGGAGAGUCCAGCCAGUGUUCAGACAUGUCGAGUUAUGAAGAACCUCCAUCUCCCGUGUCCAUAGCCAGCUCUGGAGCUCGGAGGCUGCGAAAGGAGAGAGGAGGAGAUCAUGGCGAGAACCACAGCAGGGAGCUGCCCCUCCUCACGCAGCACUUCAUGCCCAGCGACCCCGCCAAAUGGAACGUGGAGGACGUUUAUGAGUUUAUCUGCUCACUACCAGGCUGCCAGGAGAUAGCUGAGGAGUUCCGUGCUCAGGAGAUCGAUGGCCAGGCCUUGCUGCUACUGAAAGAAGACCAUCUCAUGAGCACCAUGAACAUCAAACUGGGGCCUGCACUGAAAAUCUUCGCCCGCAUCAGUAUGCUCAAAGACUCCUAGCCUCUCCUUUGGGACUGAAUACACCCAAAACACCUGCACUGAUUUAUCUUCAUAUCCCAUUAUGGUUAUGAAUCCAGGGGACCUGUGCUAUAGCUCAGAGCCCCAAGAGCUUAAGGCUGGUCUUUUCUUCACAGCUUGCAGGGAUGCGAGAUGUGACGUUCAGUCUGGUUAGCCUAGUCAUGACCCCAUAGAGGAACAAUCAGCUUGCUGGAAUGCAAGCACAAAUAUCUAGGCAACUGAUUUAAAUUAUGUUCACAAGUGGCUGAUUCUGCACACCAGGAAAAGUUAAUAAAAUGCAUCAUUGCAACAGGUUUACAUUUCAUUUCAGGUUUACAUUUUAGAACUGGAUUCUUCUUCUUCUUUUUUUUUUUUUACAUUUUACAUGCCAAGGACUUGUUCAGAUGUUCAAUGAGUUUAGUUUCUUUACAGAUUUGUUUUAAAUAUGAAAAUGAAACUUGUGUGGUAGCAAACAGUGAACAAGAUAUCUGAAAGAUCAACAUGUGCUCUGUUCAUUGCUUAUAUUUAUACUGACAGUGCUGGGAUUAUGACCAGUGUGAGUAAGUACAUGUGAGAUAGUGUGUGUAGAUAAAAAGGAAAAAAUAAUCAAUAUGUGCCUGCCAUGUUCCUAUCAUCCCAAAGACUUAAAUUUCAACCCUUCUGCAUCAGCCACACAAUAUUUCAGCAUACAGAUGGACACAGCUUUUGCUCACUGCUAGUUGAGGAACAGCUGUGUUACAGCCUGCACCAGUCAGGAUACAGGAUCUUACUGAUCACAUUGACCUUUUGCUUGUUUUAAAAUGAAUGUGGCCCAAAAUUAAUUUCUUUGCAAAGUUGUUAGUAUUCUAAUUUUCACAUGAUCAGUAUUCUAUUUAUUAAGAGAAAGUGUGUGUGGUAGAGUUUUGUAUUUGGGAAGAAUUAAACUUUGUCAGUAUUGGACAGUUUUUCUGUCCGAUUUGACCUGGAAGGGAAGGAU